AUGCCGAUCAGCUAUCUUUCUGAUCCCAAUGCUCAACAUGACACUUUUGAUGUCGCAUCCCUAAGCUUUCGGAUUCUAUAUCGCGAAUUGUGGAAAAGGAGCGAUUCAGACGAAACCAAGGACAGGAUGCAGUCCAGCGAUGUGGAGGUCGAUUCUGUUUCAGGAGGUAUCGUGGAAGAUGACGAUGAUGCAGCAGCCGCAUCAGCUAGCGUCGACCCUGACAUCCCUCGGAUUCCAUUCGACUACAUUCGUCUUGAUCUGUCGUGGCUGCCUGCGUCCAUUGCAGACCCUCAUCAGUCCUUGCUGGUUCGACAGGAGUAUAAGGAUGCAAUAGAGAGUUUUGAGGAAAACAAUAUACCGGUCGUCUUGACUGGUCAGCCUGGUGUUGGAAAGAGUCUAUUCCUGACGUACGCUCUGAUUGACCGGCUGAUCAAACAAUUGCCAACCAUUUAUGCACCCCACGCCUAUAAGUUCUACUUAGUUAGAGACUCGGGUGCCUACCAAUUCACUGGAGCUGAGAUGGACCUCGUAUUGCUACGUCAGGGGUUGUCUAACAUACAUGGCAGGGAUGUUCCCGGAGGGAAUAUUGACGGCACGGAUAAAGGAUGGAUAUUGUUUGAUUCGAAUGAAAAUCAAGCGGUGCCACAUUGGUAUAGGCUCUAUGGUUAUCCUCUCCUUUUCCCCGAAUCCUUCUAG